UGGUCAGACGCCAGAAUGUGUGACAAUCAGGCGGUGUGGCGAAACCAGGCGGACUGACGACCGAGCGACAAAUCUAUUGUGGAUGGUAGACUCCUAAAUGUCAAGAGUUUUCGCAAUGUUUGCAUUGCUGGAUUUGUUCCUAAUGCUGAUGUGUGUUUACUAGAGAUAAAAACGUGUGUUUACUAGAGAUAAAAACCUGUGCUUUCUAGUUUAUACUUGUUGUGUUAAUCAGAGUUUCCACCAAAUGGAUAAAAAACGCACUCGGAGAUAUUCAGACACGAUCACGUGAUUUCUCUGAACCAGCAUGGAGAGACGUAACCAUUUGUUUUUCUAAAUGAAAACUAAUGGAUUCUGUUGUUUCUGUUUCUUAGUGUGCAUAGAAACUGUGACAUUUUUUUUCAAGUCAUUUAUUAACUAAGCUGUAUGACAAUAAGUCAUUAAUCAACUAAACCCUAAACAUGUCAUUCAAUCAUAUCACUAUGGCAUGGUUUUAAUUCGUAUCAGUAUGACAUGUCAUUAAAUCAUAGUAAUUGUUUGCCAAUGAAAGAUCAAGAAAUACACUUUUGAAACAAGUGAUGACCUGACACCAGAGUACUUGUAACAAUGUGAUGUACAAUGUAGAGAAGGACUUUGAAUGGUGAAAAGUAAAGGAGCUGUGUUAGGAAAUAUUGAUGAACUUUAUUUUAAAUUAAUUUCCAAAGAACUUUUAAUAUUGAACUUACAGAAGCUUUUGUCUAUAAUUGUUCAUGCAGACCUUGUAAGAAAGGAAUAACAGAGCAGUAAUGUCUCUCUAUGCACUGGCAUUGAAAGUCUUUUCAUCUCGGAAGACGACCUAGAUCUACAUAAUGGCGCCACUGAAAAAAAAACACUGGAUAUUUAAUAGUCAUUGAUAGCAUUUGACUUGAUUGCUAACAGUGAAUUUCAAUAGGAAUUUUAAUUUAAUUUUCGACUGUGGAAAUCAAAGUUCACUAGUAUGUGUGAUUGGGAUGUGAGCACGCUAAAACACAACUUUCUAUUCACUCAGAAUGUAGUGCACGCGGAUGUGUUCACUCAAUGUGGAUAAUUUAUUACAAUUUUAGCUUAUAUACGAAACGCAAAAGUUAAAUGAAGAUUCUGUGUGAUAUAUUUACGAUAGCAUGGCUUCAGUUGCUUCAACAGAUACCUAAUAAUCUUUCACCACUCGUGGACGUCAGUUUACUCAACUUGUAAAGUGCAGCGACCUUCACCUUUUGUGGAGCAUAAGAUCCGGUGUGUGAUAGGUUAUCUGAACAUCUGAAGAGAUGGACAAAGUUUUCAGAAAUGCCCUUGACCCUCACGGCAGACUGCAAAUACGUAUUCAGCCAAGCCAGGACAACAGCUCUUGGGUCGGCGUCAUUGAGGACACAGGUCGAACCAGCGAUGACGACAUAGGUGCUCUGUACUACGUGGUGGCGGUCAUCUUCAUCUACGGACUGUCCAUCGUGAUGAUGAUAGCCUCCCACAUACGGAAAAACAAACAGGACAGUCAGCUGAGGACCUAUCUAAAAGAAAUGGCUAAUCUGCGAAAAUCAGAUCGACGCGAAAAGGUUCUAAGCAAGAUGAACGACCUGGCCAAUCGACGUAAGAAGCAAGAAGCCAUGGAAGCGAAGAAGACAAAGAGUCAUGUCAUGGUGAACAAUGCUACAGGCGACGGGGAGGCAGAAGUUUGUCAACUGCUGACCAAAAAAGAGGACGAUAAUACAGACUCUGUCUUCUUGCCGCCUGAAUUUUGUAUUUCGCCAUUACAAUCUAAAAAAUUUGACUGCCUAAGCGAUGUCGGAUCUUACAGGAACGCCAGUGUCAGCAGCAGGGGCUCAGGCAGAAAUAACAGCACCAGUUCUUGCAUCAACAGCAAUGUGCCUUCCGCCACUCAGUCACCGGCUCUCUCCGAAUCAAGAUACGAUUCGUCGUCAGACCGUCCGGAACCACAUCGAUUACGUUCCCCGAACUUUCACGACUAUCACCGUUGGAGGAAGGGAGACAACACUCGCUCAAUAGGUGGCCAAGAUUUCAAAACUGUUAGAAUACAAGAGAGAUUAUCUCCCAGUCCUGUUGAAAAAAGGUCAGCCCUAUCCCCCACAGACAGUUUCACUGAGUUCCGUGUCUCUCUACAGUCAGAUCAAGAUCGAUCCUUGGCUAUUCAUCAACCUCCAACUUACAAAAGAGGCGCCCCAAACUCCUUCACGCCAAACAAUGUCAAAUUUCAUCCCAGCACUGAUAUGAAACAGGCUUUCAAAGUCCUUGAAAUCAAGCACACCAUCCCAGCCAGUUUUCAGGUUGUAGACGAGGACGCUUCCUUAUGACCCGAACCAAAUGCAGCCAUUGUCAAUGCACACUUUAGUGUAUGGGUGUAGCACAAGCAUGGUCAGGACGACUUCAGGGCUACAGUCAAGUAGACUGAAUACAUAAUUCACUACUGAAAAUGACUGACAGUGUACUUGACUUGACUUUCACUUGUUCUCCAUUAACAAAUGGCAAUUCCAGGAAAAACAAUCAUAAAUUGCAAAUGUUUUAUAGAUGUCAUGACUUCAACUAUUCGUCAUUCAUGGGAUGUCACAUAAUGGCAAGCUAUUGAAUGUGUUGACUUGUAUUCAAUAACCACUAUAAAUAAUGUAAAUACGGUAUUUGGAAUGUCUUAUGUAUAUAUAUUUUCACUAUUCCAUCUGAAUGGAAUCUAUAUUAAAUUUCUUUGACGGUUUAGUACUGUAGUUUAAAUUUUAUUUUCAACAUAAUAAAAAUGAGCCUUUAAAAUCCAAACCUGUACACAAUCUAGCAUACAACAUCUUUAUGACAUUCUCCUCUUUCUGUACUGUCUGAUACUACAAUUAAACAGAUGAUUAAACUCAAAUGAACAAAAAUGGGACUUAUUUCUCAAGGAAAAUAAUAGAAUUUCUUCCUACCAUAAAUUACUUCAAGAACCUAAAACUUAAUGUUAAAGACAAAUAUAUAACUAGGCAGCAUAGUUUGAAAAGCAUUAAUGUCAACUGUUUCAAUUAAAAAAGAAAAAGCUAGUUGCUUCUUUAUUCAAUUUAUCAUUGGCGGAACUCCCAAACUGUAUUCAAGGCAAGAGAACAUGAUGCCUUCAUAAUUAUAACAAUUGCCCAAUAUCAACCUCACCUAUACCUAUUCUGUUGAAAUUCUGCAAACAUUAAUGCAACAUAUAUUUCCUAAAUCUGCUUUUAACCAAUUGGGUUAAUUUUGUUUUGACAAUUAAUUUUAGAGUGAACUAAAGUAGGAUUCAAGUACAAGUAACACAGAAUU